AUCGAAGCCCAAUCGACAGAGAAGUUCCCUUAAAAAAGUUCAACUUUCGUCAAUUUCUCGACAUCAUAUACAUUUCUCUUGCACCAGAAAAAAGCUAAGUCACCGGGCGUCAAAUCUCGCCGGAAAUAAGUCAAAGGAUAGAAAUACACAGUCAUGGGGUGGUUCGGCGAACAAAUCGACGCUAUCAAGUCAAUUCAGGUCCGACAACUUGUCUCCCAAGCCGUCAGUCUUGGGAUGAUUGUUACUUCUGCAUUGAUAAUAUGGAAGGCCUUGAUGUGCUUUACUGGUAGUGAAUCUCCCGUUGUGGUUGUUCUUUCUGGAAGCAUGGAACCAGGAUUCAAGAGGGGAGAUAUAUUGUUUUUAACAAUGAGCAAGGAUCCAAUUCGUGCAGGGGAGAUUGUUGUUUUUAAUGUCGAUGGUCGUGAAAUUCCAAUUGUCCAUCGAGUUAUUAAGGUUCAUGAAAGAAAAGAUACAGGUGAAGUUGACGUCCUUACAAAAGGUGACAAUAAUUAUGGUGAUGAUAGGCUUUUGUAUGCUCAUGGCCAACUGUGGCUUCAACGACACCACAUAAUGGGAAGAGCUGUUGGGUUCCUCCCAUAUGUUGGCUGGGUAACAAUCAUCAUGACUGAAAAGCCUGUGAUUAAGUAUCUACUGAUAGGAGCUUUGGGGCUACUUGUUAUCACCUCCAAGGACUGACAAGAAAGUAGCCAAUGCAAACUACAGCCACACUGAAGAAUGGCGUUGUUGUAUUGAUCUAUUUAGAAUUUGAUGUCUUAGAUGUGUCGGACAAAAAUUCGAAGCUCUGUAUGAUGAUGAUUUUGACAAAACUACAAAUAGGCUGAUAUCAGCUUGAAAAUCACAGUUUAGCAUGUUGAUCAAUUUUAGCACGAGUUAUUCUUA